AUGUGUGACAAUCAGGAGAUUCUCUCACGGGAUAUAAACAGCAUCAUUAAUUCUAUGCCAUCUACUCGCCAGCGCACUCGUCUUCAAACUGCGGCAUAUCUCCUUGGUGCCCACAAGAGCUGCCUGAUGUCGAUGAUCAAGGACAUGUUCCCACACACUACGAAGGGCUCGAGAAGGAUCCCUUUGAAUACUGUGGACAAGAACAAAUCUAUGACCUAUGUGGACCACUUUUACGCCGAAUCAGACCUUCCCCUGGAUAUAUUAGACUCUAUGAGAGCUGCGAUGGAUCUUCCAAAAACCUAUGAGAAUUUGGGUUGGUGUUUGUCUACUGCCCGUCGUGCGGACCCUCCACAUCGCCUGUUAACUUCCCAAGAUAUUAGCAGCGCUUUCAAAGCCGCACGGGCUGAGCAAACCUCUGAACGGAAAAAAGAAGAAAAGAAGUCGUUUAAACGACAAGCAGAGGAAUUCGAAAAUGUCAAAAGGAAGUUGUGCUGCUCCAAGCAUCGACUUCCAGGAGGCUCAGAGAACGCAUCCUGUUGGGUGGAUGCAUCACAGCCAAAUGCUCCACACUACCCACUAUGUACCCGAGACCUCCAGGAAUGGGCUAAAUACUUGUACAACACUCGAGAUCCAAACAAUGCUUGCAUUACUCUACCCAGUACACCCCAUUUCCAUGACAUUUGCAAGACACGUAAGGAAAGAACGUCCCUUCAACAUGUACCCACCGAACUCAUAUCGCCCGUCAUUCAUAAUCACGUCCACCUUUCAUCUGCCAUCAACGAUAUGUGGACUUCUAGUAAUAGUACACUUUCCGAACAGCAAGGUAAUGAUCCUAUAUCUCCUCAACCACUCAAGAGGACAUUUGCUCUCUACAUGGAGAGCAAUGAAGAAACGGAUGGUGAACCACCGCAAGACAUCGACGAGGUUCUUGCCAGUAUCCAUUCCUGCUAUCCGGCUAUGGAGUUCCUGCAGUAUGUGGCAACGCUGAAGGAGCAUGGGAUAUUAUAUCUGCCAACUGCAGCACAUUUUAGUAGUAAAUUUUACGCAGAGAAGGUUGACAUGUCGGAGGGUGCUGCGUUUACAUUUCACAGCUGUGUUUGUAAAGCUCACAUGAAGGAGGAACGUGCGAAGGCAAGGAGGAAGGCUAAAGGUAAAAUGAAGGCACAAGCUGACAACAAAGAUAAAGAAAAUAGCCAAGCUCUCGAGUAG